GAACAUUGCGCAUGCGUAAAAUCAUGUGACAGGCUGCUAACCCGGAAGCUGGCGUGUUUUCUUUCCGCUUCUUGAGGCCGAACAUUCCAGCAACAAUAAUAUCAUAUAAUAUAAUAAUAAUAUCAUCGGCCAAAUGUCGACCCGAGCGUGCGGCGCUUGGCGGCCGGCCGUCGAGCAGCAUCUGCGGGCGGCAGCGGAACACAUUGUCCGCCUGCUGGACGACCACCGCGGCAUGGAAGUGGCGCAGCUCACAAGGAAAGUUCUGGAAGGAAUUGUUGCUGUCGUGGAUCUAAUCUUAGCUCACUUGCAGCACAGCAAGGCUCCGCCCCCUACAGUCCAUUGUGAUCGUGAAGGUGAAGGUGUGGUGUGGCGGCGCUGCGGCGAGUGUGGGAAGUGCACGGAGGGUGAUGGCGAGGAGGCGGAGCCAGUGUCUUCCAGGGAGGAUCAGGAAGGAAAGCGAGAAGAAGCCCCGCCCACUGGACCCUCAGACGGUGUUGCGCAACAGCGUCAGAAGAAGAGCCCAGGUGAGCGGCAGGUGAGGAGGCACGUGUGCGAGGUGUGCGGCAGGAAGUUCUCCAUGAGCCAACACCUGCAGGUGCACAGGAGGAUCCACACGGGAGAGAAACCCUACACCUGCCAGGUGUGCGCCAAGGACUUCAGGCAGCUGGGCAACCUGGACGCCCACAUGAAGAUCCACACGGGCGAGAAGGCCUUCGUCUGCAGCCUGUGUGGGAAGACCUUCCGCCAGAAGGUGUCGCUGGAGACGCACGAGCGCUUCCACAGGAAGGACAAGGUGCACGAGUGCCGCCUGUGCCACAAGAGCUUCGUGCAGAAGGUGGACCUCAAACGCCACAUGAUGACCCACUCGGGCGAGAAGCCGCACGCCUGCGCCGCCUGUGGCAAGCGCUACCAGGAGAGGCGCUCGCUGCACGCCCACACCUGUGGAGGACACGCCCACAAGGUGCCGCUGUGACCCCCCAGGCCUGCUCUGAUUGGCUCCUCCCACUGCUGCUCCUUUCUCAUUUGCAGCGAUAUCAGUAUCGCACUUAGCAGAUACAACACACACAUGAUAUCAGUAUGUAGUGUUUCAAACAUUUGGACCUAUGUCAGUAUCAGACUUGUUUACAUCAGCAGAUACAACACACACAUGAUAUCAGUAUUUAGCGUUUCAAACAUUUGGAUCUAUGUCAGUAUCAGACUUGUUUACAUCAGCAGAUACAAUAAACACACAUGAUAUCAGUAUUUAGUGUUUCAAACAUUUGGAUCUAUGUC